UGCUGCUGCUAUUGUAUUGGCUAAGAGGUUUCGAAACAGAAUCCACAGAGAGAAAAAAAAAAAUAAUAAUAAUAAAAGAAAAAGAAAUAAAAGAGCGAGGUAAGGUAAGACUUAAGAGAGAGAAGAAGAAGAAGCCCGACCCGAUAAUCAUACUCGUACUUGAGAUGAUAUUGGAUAAUCCCAACCUCAAUUUUUCGCAAUAUUAAACAACACAAUCACCUUCACUUUUUUUCUUCUCUUCUUUUCUCAUCUCAUCCCCAUGGAUCCCUUCGAUUUGAUACGCGAAGGGUUUGGUUGAGGCUGACUGGACAUGUGCUGUUUCUAUUUUUAAAGUCUGUUUAUGUUGUAGUUAUUUUGUCCAUAUUCUAGUUAAUAAUGAACUUAUCCAAGAAAGGAUCCCAAACGGAUGCAAAGCUAUUAAGCCCAAACAAGGCAACAACUCUGAAUCCAAAUGCAGCAGAGUUUAUUCCUUUUGCCCUCAGAUCAUCAUCAUUACCUGGGACUACCAGCUCGGUAGAUGCAACAGCAGCAGGGCUUUCGGCUGCUGGAGCUCUUGGGAAAGCAGUUUUAGAUAGAUCAGAAUCAUCCAUUUCAAAUAAUUCUGAUGAUGAGGUGCAUCAAUACUGGCGAUGUCAGCUCCCUGAUGAUAUUACCCCUGAUUUCAAGGUCAUGGGAGAAGAUGAAUCUCAAGGUCUGGAUGAUCUUCCUUUAGCAGGUUUAUCCAUACAUGAGGACAAUGAAGCCUCCAGGUUUCCUUCUUCCAAAGGAAGUAAAUAUAUAAUAAAUGAGCAGCAGGAAAUAUCUCAACCGCAUAAUAAUGGCAAUAGCUUUGUAGAUAAAAUAGGGUUUUCCCAUUCAAGCUACAGGGAGGACCCAUCUUCUACAAGCUUUUUGAAUGCUCUGGCAAAGCCUUGGGAGGGGCCAAUUGGGAGCGCUGACCAGCUUGUUAGCAGUGGUCAAGAGGGGAUUGCUUAUGAUGACAACAGUAGACAUGGAUACUUAAAUGAUGUUUUGGCUGAAAAUGCAAUUAUGGAUGAUACAGAUUUGAAUCCUUUGGAGUAUUUAGCUUCCCUGUUCCCUGGUUUUGCAGCAGAAAGCCUCGCAGAAGCUUACUUUGCCAAUGGAUGUGAUUUACAUCUGACCACUGAGAUGCUCAGUCAGUUAGAGCAGCUUCAAGUUGAUGGUGGUUUCAAUCAAACUUUGAAUUCAAAGACUCUGUCAGCUCCCAAUCUGAGUGCAAUGGACUUUCCUUCACUUACUUCACCAGAUGGCCAGGCUGCUUCAGUUAAAUACGUGGUUGAUAAUGUCCAGCAAAGCCGAAAUCCUUACCAGUCAUUUGACAGUGAUGUGAUGCUUUUCAAAUCUAGCUCUUCAGUUCCAUCUAGAGGUGCUGUUGACUUUGCUUCAGCUGUUAGAAAGUUGGCUUCUCAGGAUUCUGGUGGUAUUUGGAAGUAUGACAAGAAUGGCUCUGGUGAUGCUGCUAUAGGUUCAAGUAGGAAUUCAAAUGUUUUGGGUAGUGGCUACAAUGGUGGACAGGCCAGAGCACACUUUGGUGAUCGAUUGCAGAACCGUGGCUCAGCUCGGGCAGCUCCUAUUUGGCUUGAUACCGGUGAUGCUGUUGCAAAUAUGUAUUCAGAGCUGCGGGAAGAGGCUCGUGAUCAUGCAUGCUUACGUAAUGCAUAUUUUGAGCAGGCUCGUCAAGCUUACCUUAUUGGUAAUAAAGCCCUGGCAAAGGAACUAAGUGCUAAAGGGCAGCUUCACAACAUGCAUAUGAAGGCAGCUCAUGGAAAAGCUCAAGAAUCCAUUUACCGUCAGAGAAAUCCAGUUGCUUCAGAGAUGCAGGGCAAUGGAAGAGGACACGAGAGGAUAAUAGACCUACAUGGGUUGCAUGCGAGUGAAGCCAUUCAUGUGCUGAAACAUGAGUUGAGUGUGCUGAAAAGCACUGCCAUAGCUGCUGAGCAGCGUUUGCAGGUGUAUAUUUGUGUGGGCACAGGUCAUCAUACCAGGGGUUCCCGCACUCCCGCAAGACUUCCAAUAGCUGUACAGCGUUUUCUUCUUGAAGAGGGCAUUGACUUCACGGAACCUCAGCCAGGCCUACUUCGCGUUGUGAUAUAUUGAGCCAGCCAAGGAUGUGUACAAGUUUUUUGACACGGUAUAAAGUCCGGGAUCACGGACAUUUUAGUCAUUGUUGUAUCUGUAUAUGCCCGAAGAACAGGAAAAAAGAGAAAGAAAAAAGCAGUUAGGGGAGAAGGAAAGAGAAGGGUUGUAGCAGAAUUGUAUCAUUAAGAUUUAGCGACGACAUCAGAUUUACAUUAGUAAGCAGGACUUCACAUUAUGGGAUUAUUUUCCUUCUGUUAAUUUUGUACCCUAAUUUUCAUUUCCUUGUUAAAUUCCAUUUUUACCCUUUCCAUUCAGAUGUAAUCGAUAGGACUCAAUUACGCAUAGAACAAUUGAUUUUGCAAAUUAGAUUCAAUGCCAAACAAUUUACUGCGGU